AAGAGGCGAGUUCGAGAGCGGGGAGGAGCAGGCGAGGCAAGAUGAAUCCAACGCCUCUCCCGCUCAGAAGCAAGACCGGCGCGGCGCUUUCCACGCUCCCGGCUGGGUCGCUGCAGGAUAACCUUCUACUUCUGAGAAAUGCCAACUGAAGACUCUAAAAUUAUAUAUGUGAUCGAGUUCCAGAGAAAGGCCGUUCAAUUCCUGAAGGUUCUAAAUACUCUCUGAAAUGCUGAAAAGGAAACUUCGUCACUGUCAUAUCCUACGCUUCAAGUUCCUCCUGGUGUUAGUUUUUACAGCAGGGGCUUUGUCCCUUAUCAAAAUUCACCAGAAACCAGAUUAUUUGCGUCGUGAGCAUCUGGACCUUGUAGGUGAAUACCCCAAUAAUAAUGUAAACUGCACCAAGAUAUUGCAGGGUGAUGCAGAGGAAAUUCAGAAAGUAAAACUUGAAUUAUUAACUGUAUCUUUUAGGAAAAGCCCUAAACUAACAACAAAUGAUUAUAUUAACAUGACAACUGAUUGUGCCUCUUUUAUAAAGAGACGGAAAUAUAUUAUGGAACCUCUGAGCAAAGAAGAAGCGGAAUUUCCACUUGCAUAUUCAAUAGUGGUUUAUCACAAAAUUAAUAUGCUUGAUAGACUUCUGAGAUCUAUAUAUGCUCCCCAAAAUUAUUAUUGCAUCCAUGUGGAUAAGAAGUCUCCAGAAUCUUUCUUGGCUGCUGUGAAGGGGAUUGCUUCGUGUUUUGACAACGUCUUCAUUGCCAGCCAACUAGAGAGUGUAGUGUAUGCUUCGUGGAGCAGAGUGCAAGCAGAUCUCAACUGCAUGAAAGAUCUCUACAGGAGAAGUGCAAGCUGGAAGUACCUGAUCAACCUUUGUGGCAUGGAUUUCCCAAUCAAGACCAACCAGGAAAUAGUAGAGAAGCUAAAAGCUCUCAAGGGUGAAAACAGCUUAGAAACAGAGAAAAUGCCUUCAUACAAGGAGAUACGGUGGAAGAAGCAUUAUGAAAUUGUUGAUGGUAAAGUGAAGAAUAUGGGUGUAGACAAACAACAGCCACCUAUCAAUACACCUAUUUUCUCUGGCAGUGCCUACUUUGUUGUUAGUAGGAGGUUUGUUGAAUAUGUAUUAGAAAACAGCAAAAUCCUUGCUUUCAUAGAAUGGACUAAAGACACAUAUAGUCCCGAUGAAUACUUGUGGGCUACUAUUCAACGAAUUCCUGAUGUGCCAGGUGCUGUUUCUGCUAGUGACAAAUAUGAUGUGUCUGAUAUGAAUGCCCUUGCCAGAUUUGUCAAGUGGCAUUACUUUGAGGGGGAUGUGUCCAAAGGUGCCCCAUAUCCACCCUGUAAUGGGAUUCAUGUCCGUUCUGUGUGUGUCUUUGGAGUUGGAGACUUGAACUGGAUGUUGCGCAAGCACCACUUUUUUGCUAACAAGUUUGACAUUGAUAUUGAUCCCUUCGCAAUUCAGUGCCUGGAAGAGCAUUUAAGAGAUAAAGUUCUGUAUCAACGCAGACAUUAAAACGUAAAGUUCUGUAUGGUAUGAAACCUUUCCCUCUGAAAAGAAAGUCAAAAAGAAGAUAGUAGCUGUUUGUUAAUAACAGCAAGUUGUGGCUUUCUUUUUACUUGUGCUUUUUUCCCAAAGAGAACAAAACUCACAGGAUGGUUACUUAGGUGCUGGCACUGAUUUCAUGUACUUCCCCUUGACUGUCCAAUGUCCCGUAAGGAUGCCCAUCUCUUGUUAGUCCAUUGUUAUUCCAAUAUAGGUAUAAAACCUCAA